GCAAAAGUUUUGUGGGCUGCAGAGCGUCACCCAGCAGUUGCGGAGGCCACCACCGCCAAGCAGCCAUGGUCUUCGGCUGGCUACUUGUUCUGCUAACAGCUCUGCCCCCGGUCACGACAGGCGCCAAGCAGUGCAUCUUCUGUGACCUGACCGAGUCCUGGAACUGCCUUGGCAUCCCCAUGACCUGUGGUGACGACGAGGAGUGCUUCACAGGCCACGGGAUGAUCCCUGACCUCGGCCCCAUCAUCAACAAAGGCUGCAUGCUCUCCUCUUCAUGUGGCCACCGUGACAAGCCUGUCCUCUACAAGGGCAUCACCUACAACCUAGUCUCUAUCUGCUGCUAUGGCGAACUGUGCAACAGGGCCCCCAUCCCCGCGGGCGGCCUGACGGCGUGGGCCGCCACCGCCCUGGCGCUCGGCCUGCUGCUGCUGCUUCCUUGA